AUGAACGAAAUAAAAAUAUCGUACCUCAACUAUCCUAUAUAUGGAAUAGGAUCCAAUGAAAAAUACGUGGUGACUUCGGGGGGAGGGGGGGGGAAAAGCUAUGGAAUUGAAGAUCUGCUUGACAUCAACACGUUUAACGACAAGGAAAAAAAGUUGCAGGCACUGUGGUCGACAACGCAACAAAGAGGUGUUGUUGAUUCGAUUGUCUAUGAUGAAAAGUACGAUAUAUGGUUAGGCUCAGUCAGGAACGAGUGUCUCAUUUUUCAAAUAAAUGAAGAGACAGGUCCAAAUAUCAUACAUAGCUUCGUCACGGAUUUCAAUGCUAAGCACCCCAGACAAGUAGUGGUGAAAUUUUCCUCCAUCAGUAAUUUUAUUUUAACGGGAGGAGAAGACAAAACAUUAAAGUUGUGGAAACUCAAAAUUGCAGAGCACUCUAAAGGAGAGAAAAAAACAGGAACAGAAGAAGAAGAGCAAAGAACACCAUCACCACCACCACCGGAAGUGGGAAUUGUGACCAUCGGAAAGUACAAGAAUUUUUUCAUCGACACGACGAGCAACAUAGUCGAACACAUAGGAGAUUUCAAAGGGCAUGAAGAAUGCAUUAAAGAUUGCGAUAUAUCACAAGACGAAAAAAUUGUGUGCACCUGUUCCGCAGAUAAUUCACUUAAAAUAUGGGAUACGCACACUUUUGUGAAUUUACAUACAGAGCAAAUGAGUAACCCCAAACAGAAAGGUGACAAAUUAAAUUUCCGAUGUUGCAAAUUUUUGAGAAAUACAAAAAGGAAGGAUGACUUCCUCUACACCCUCUUAACAACUGCAUAUACAUCGAGAGGGAAUAGCUACCUCAUCAUCUGGAAUGUCCACUUCGAUGACAAGAAGGAAAAAUUUACUUGCACAAAGGAAAAGUUCAUUUGGUUGGAUGAUAGACCAUGUUGUAAUAUAGCCAUGAGUCUCAAUGAAAAGUAUCUUGCCUUAGGCUUUAGUACAGGUGCCCUCAAAAUUUACAAUACUAAUUAUUCCCUCCUAGCACACUACAAAAAGCAUGAACUACCUAUAACUGCUAUGUGUUUCAUCAAAAACGACACCUUCUUACUUUCCGCUGGGGCUGAUUAUAGCAUAAGUUGUAUUCACAUCAACUCUUUUAGCUUUCGUUAUUUGAGGAGGCUCUGGAAGUUCCUCUUCAUGUUGAUAAUAGUGAUGGUGGUGUGUGUAAUCCUCCUUGAUUUUUUUAAUGUCGGCUAUGAUCUGCGCAUGAGAGAUAUUAUUCAGGGUAAAGACGGCAUGGCCAAAGGAAAGAAGAAGAAUCGUAAGGCAAAGAGCUCCUGGUCGCCCUCUUCGGAUGAGCUGUGA